AUGGAGAGACUGUUCAACAAGGUCAGUCUGCUGACGGGUUCUCCUUGGUGCCAGACCUUCUCUCCAGAGCCCUCGUUAAGCCAUAAAGCAAACACACCCUGUCACUUGACUCCAGAACCCAUUGAAAUACAUUUGCAGCCUAUUCUUGUAGGGAGAAAACUGGGCAGAAGUGGUUGACAGGUCAAAUUACAGUUGGAGGCAACAAUGUGCCAGGCUGCAUUACAAUAAGCUGCCCUUAACCAUGUAGCACAACUGAUUGGACAAGAGGAAUGUCAUCAAGAAUAUAGUCUUUCAUUUGGCCCACUUCCAUUCAUUCAGCAACAGACUAGCCUAAUUGUUUGUAGUGCCCUGUGCUUACCGCUAUCCCUCUGCUCUUUCCUCUUGCUUUAUCUUGAAGUUAAGUCUUGGGUUUCUCUACCUGCCUUUUAUUGAGGAUGUUCGGAAUAAACGGGCAUCAUUUGGUGUAAUGUACUAGGCUAUGGUAGGGUUAAAAUGGUUAGGGAUUGCUUAAUCAAUGGUUUGGUUGUAUUCUAAUGCCAAAAUGACAGUGACUUGUGAAUUUCAUAAUACAUUAUAACAUUUAUCAGCCAGGCAAAACAAAUAGCCUAUUUAUGAAAAGAGCACUUCUGCCAACUGCCCUUGUGUUUUUGAACCUGUGUCCACUUGUGCAAUAUUUUGUUUGGUUUUGGACAAGUGUGUUUCGUUUAACCCUCCCGUUGUCCUAGGGUCAAAAUGACCCGCCACUGUGUUGAACCAACUUUAUUUAAUUUUUAUAUUUUUUGGAUCAUUUGUGAGAAGGAGGCAGUGAUACUUUCUUUAAAGUCUCACUGCCUCCUUCUCACAAAUGAUCCCCAAAAUAUAAAAAUUAAAUAAAGUUGGUUCAACACAGUGGCGGGUCAUUUUGACCCUAGGACAACAGGAGCAUACAGUGCAUGUACAACUAUGGUGAAAUUCCUUUAUAAAGACUUUUUCAUUUGAUGUCCUUUAUUUAGAAUCACAAGUGCUGAGCUUGAUAUGACUGAUCAAUGACAAUCUCUUGCUCCUGGUGAAACAUUCAGUGUAUGUGCAAUUGCUGUUUAGGCCUAGCAUUUGGUGUUUGGAUGGACUGUUAUGGUCCAGGGCCCGGUUUCCCGAUAGCGAUGGAAUUUAGGCUUACGAGUGUUUUUAACAAUGCAUCUUUCUAACAAUUGCUGAAGAUGUAACAUGUGUUUCCCAAAACACCACGCUGAGAGAACGGUCACUAAGUGCGUUGUUGGAGCAUAUCGAUACUGAUAGGAUCGAAAGAAAGGGAGCGCUGCUCUCAGAUCAGCUUUCUCCAUUCAAAUCCUACCGCUUAACAUAAGAAUUACUUCACAAUACCGACGACGGAUCAGCUCCUAGAGAGAGAUUACCACCUACGGCUGCAAAUAUUGAGGUGGCUUAUUAUACUGAACAAAAAUAUAAACGCAACAUGUAAAGUGUUAGUCUCAUGUUUCAUGAGCUGAAACGAAAGAACCCAGACAUUUUCCAUACGCACAAAAUGUGUUUACAUCCCUGUUAGUGAGCAUUUCUCCUUUGCCAAGACAAUCCAUCCAUUUGACAGGUGUGGCAUAUCAUGAAGCUGAUUAAACAGCAUGAUCAUUACACAGGUGCACCUUGUGCUGGGGACAAUAAGGCCACUCUAAAAUGUGCAGUUAUGUCACACAACACAAUGCCACAGAUGUCUCACGUUUUGAAGGAGUGUGCAAUUGGCAUGCUAACUGCAGGAAUGUCCAUCAGAGCUGUUGCCAGAUAAUUUAAGCCAUUUUAGAGAAUUUGGCCACAGACCACGCCAGCUCAGGACCCCCACAUCCGGCUUCUUCAUCUGCGGGAUCAUCUGAGGCCAGCCACCCGGACAGCUGAUGAAACUGUGGGUUUGCAUAACCAAAGAAUAUCUGCAGAAACUGUCAGUAACCGUCUCAGGGAAGCUCAUCUGUGUGCUCGUCGUCUUCACCAGGGUCUUGAACUGACUGCAAUUUGGCGUCGUAACCGACUUCAGUGGGCAAAUGCUCACCUUCGAUGGCCACUGGCACGCUGGAGAAGUGUGCUCUUCACAGAUGAAUGAUGGUUUCAACUGUACCGGGCAGAUGGCAGACAGCGUGUAUGGCGUCGUGUGGGUGAGCGGUUUGCUGAUGUCAACGUUGUGAACAGAGUGCCCCAUGGUGGUGGUGGGGUUAUGGUAUGGGCAGGCAUAAGCUACGGACAACAAACACGAUUGCGUUUUAUCGAUGGCAAUUUGAAUGCCAUGACGAGAUCCUGAGGCCCAUUGUCGUGCCAUUCAUCCGCCGCCAUCACCUCAUGUUUCACCUCAUGUUUCAGCAUGAUAAUGCACAGCCCCAUGUCGCAAGGAUCUGUACACAAUUCCUGGAAGCUGAAAAUGUCCCAGUUCCAUGGCCUGCGUAGUCACCAGACAUCUCACCCAUUGAUUAUGUUUGGUAUGCUCUGGAUCAACGUGUAUGAAAGCGUGUUCCCGCUAAUAUCCAGCAACUUGACACAGCCAUUAAAGAGGAGUGGGAGAACAUUCCAAAGGCCACAAUCAACUGCUUGAUCAACGCUAUGCGAAGGAGAUGUCGCACUGCAUGAGGUAAAUGGUGGUCACACCAGAUACUAACUGGUUUUCUGAUCCACGCCCCUACUUUUUUGUUGUUGUUUUUUAAGGUAUCUGUGACCAACAGAUGCAUAUCUGUAUUCCCAGUCAUGUGAAAUCCAUAGUUUAGAGCCUAAUGAAUUGAUUUAAGUUUAAGUUGACUGAUUUCCUUAUAUGAACUGCAACUUUGAAAUUGUUGCAUGUUGCGUUUUAUUUUUGUGCAGUCUAUAAUGCUUACCCAAUGAAAAUUCACUAAAUCCCCGAUUUGGCACAUCAUUGCACACGUUUUAGGCUACACAUCAUUAAAUAAAGUAUAUUGAGACAAAUUACAGACAGUUUCCUACAAGUAGCAAAAUGGAACUCAAUUGAUUGAACAUGAAAUAUAACUUACGAUAUUAUUGAAAUAGGCCUAUAGCCUACGGUUUAUAUUUGAAUGCAGUCAUCUCGGUUUUCAUUUGAAGCAUAUUUGUAUAUGUUGCUUGUAUCAAUUGCAAAGACAUUGGCAACUUUUGUAUUUGUAGUCAACUUUGUUCAGAAGUAAUCGGCAGUCACAGAGACGGAUAAACCAUGUGAUUCUAUGUUUAGCGGAGAUCUUCUGUGUAUAAAGUGAUGGGGGUGGGCAAAAAAGUAUCUGACACACUUAGCUGUUAUGAGUAGUUAAUAUUGAUGAGUUUGGGAAACAGCUCAGCGAUUUAACGAUGCUCCUACGAAAGUUCUAAUGAGUAACCGGGCCCUGGUGUAUAGACCCUUAUCAACCUCUUAGUGUUGAUCAGUUGGCCUGUUCAUGUGAAUACUUAUGCAGAUUUGGUAUAUCCUUGAACUUGAUCUGUAGAACUGCUGGUCGGACCAUGUAGUCUGAACUCUAGUAGCUCUAGCAUAACAAAGACCAAUGCCGCUUCUGUAUCAGUGGACCACUCUCUCAUGAUGGUCACAACAACAGGCCAACACAGUUUUUGGAUACUCCGAAGGGUUAUGAUUGAUUUGUGUGCUAGGGUGGUGGGUUAACAACGGCAGUUGGACAUUCAAAGUUCAAACCUGUUCACUUCCCCUUGGCCUUUUUCUUAAGGAUUCAAGUAUUGCCAAAUUGAGCUUCUCUAACUACAGGCUAACCAAUUUCUUAGGCCAAUUUUCUCCGGCUAUUGCAGUCUUCCUCUGAAUAAUGGGAAUGUUUGACAUUUCUACUCCUCUCCAGAGGUCUGUGGUCAGUGUAAUAGAUGGAGGCUAAUGUCUCUGUCCACUCCCCACCACUCUCCUUCCUCUGUUACUUGCACUCCUUCCAAGGCAAUUCUGUAAUUUGGUGUUUUGUGCAGAUAUUUUUAAUCAUUGUACUUUACCGAUGCCAUUGAUAUGUACAGUGGGGAAAAAAAGUAUUUAGUCAGCCACCAAUUGUGCAUGUUCUCCCACUUAAAAAGAUGAGAGAGGCCUGUAAUUUUCAUCAUAGGUACACGUGAACUAUGACAGACAAAUUGAGGAAAGAAAAUCCAGAAAAUCAAAUUGUAGGAUUUUUUAUGAAUUUAUUUGCAAAUUAUGGUGGAAAAUAAGUAUUUGGUCACCUACAAACAAGCAAGAUUUCUGGCUCUCACAGACCUGUGACUUCUUCUUUAAGAGGCUCCUCUGUCCUCCACUCGUUACCUUUAUUAAUGGCACCUGUUUGAACUUGUUAUCAGUAUAAAAGACACCUGUCCACAACCUCAGACAGUCACACUCCAAACUCCACUAUGGCCAAGACCAAAGAGCUGUCAAAGGACACCAGAAACAAAAUUGUAGACCUGCACCAGGCUGGGAAGACUGAAUCUGCAAUAGGUAAGCAGCUUGGUUUGAAGAAAUCAACUGUGGGAGCAAUUAUUAGGAAAUGGAAGACAUACAAGACCACUGAUAAUCUCCCUCGAUCUGGGGCUCCAUGCAAGAUCUCACCCUGUGGGGUCAAAAUGAUCACAAGAACGGUGAGCAAAAAUCCCAGAACCACAUGGGGGGGACCUUGUGAAUGACCUGCAGAGAGCUCGGACCAAAGUAACAAAGCCUACCAUCAGUAACACACUACGCCGCCAGGGACUCAAAUCCUGCAGUGCCAGACGUGUCCCCCUGCUUAAGCCAGUACAUGUCCAGGCCCGUCUGAAGAUUGCUAGAGUGCAUUUGGAUGAUCCAGAAGAGGAUUGGGAGAAUGUCAUAUCGUGAGAUGAAACCAAAAUAGAACUUUUUGGUAAAUACUCAACUCGUCGUGUUUGGAGGACAAAGAAUGCUGAGUUGCAUCCAAAGAACACUAUACCUACUGUGAAGCAUGGGGGUGGAAACAUCAUGCUUUGGGGCUGUUUUUCUGCAAAGGGACCAGGACGACUGAUCCGUGUAAAGGAAAGAAUGAAUGGGGCCAUGUAUCGUGAGAUUUUGAGUGAAAACCUCCUUCCAUCAGCAAGGGCAUUGAAGAUGAAACGUGGCUGGGUCUUUCAGCAUGACAAUGAUCCCAAACACACCGCCCGGGCAAUGAAGGAGUGGCUUCGUAAGAAGCAUUUCAUGGUCCUGGAGUGGCCUAGCCAGUCUCCAGAUCUCAACCCCAUAAAUCUUUGGAGGGAGUUGAAAUGCUGUGUUGCCCAGCGACAGCCCCAAAACAUCACUGCUCUAGAGGAGAUCUGCAUGGAGGAAUGGGCCAAAAUACCAGCAACAGUGUGUGAAAACCUUGUGAAGACUUACAGAAAACGUUUGACCUGUGUCAUUGCCAACAAAGGGUAUAUAACAAAGUAUUGAGAAACUUUUGUUAUUGACCAAAUACUUAUUUUCCACCAUAAUUUGCAAAUAAAUUCAUUACAAAUCCUACAAUGUGAUUUUCUGGAAUUUUUUUCUCUCAUUUUGUCUGUCAUAGUUGACGUGUACCUAUGAUGAAAAUUACAGGCCUCUCUCAUCUUUUUAAGUGGGAGAACAUGCACAAUUGGUGGCUGACUAAAUAGUUUUUUUCCCCACUGUAAAUGGACAUUUCUACAGUUUAGUCAGGCGUCUGGUAUUCCCAAAUUCUUUCCGAUGUAAAGCAAAAGAAGGUGUUAGGCCUAUCUAAUCAUGAGAGAUUAUAGCUGUCUGCAUCUUAUGGCAACUUUCGUCUGCUUUACAGCUAUAGGCGAUCUCCUUCUUGACAAGGUUUACAUUUUUACCGUCUUUUAAGUCAGACUACGUACUACUGUAUACAGUGAGGGGGGAAAAAGUAUUUGAUCCCCUGCUGAUUUUGUACGUUUGCCCACUGACAAAGACAUGAUCAGUCUAUAAUUUUAAUGGUAGGUUUAUUUGAACAGCGAGAGACAGAAUAACAACAAAAUAAUCCAGAAAAAUGCAUGUCAAAAAUGUUAUAAAUUGAUUUGUAUUUUAAUGAGGGAAAUAAGUAUUUGACCCCUCUGCAAAACAUGACUUAGUACUUGGUGGCAAAACCCUUGUUGGCAAUCACAGAGGUCAGACGUUUCUUGUAGUUACAUUUACAUUACAUUUACAUUUACGUAAUUUAGCAGACGCUCUUAUCCAGAGCGACUUACAAAUACAUUUUAAAUUUUCAUUAGUUUUUAUAUAUAUAUAUAUAUAUAUAUAUAUAUAUAUUUGGGGGGGUAGAAGGAUUACUUUUAUACUAUCCCAGGUAUUCCUUAAAGAGGUAGGGUUUCAAGUGUCUCCGGAAGGUGGUCAGUGACUCUGCUGUCCUGGCGUCGUGAGGGAGCUUGUUCCACCAUUGGGCCAGAGCAGCGAACAGUUUUGACUGGGCUGAGCGGGAACUGUGCUUCCGCAGAGGUAGGGGGACCAGCAGGCCAGAGGUGGAAGAACACAAUGCCCUCGUUUGGGUGUAGGGACUGAUCAGAGCCUGAAGGUAAGGAGGUGCCGUUCCCCUCACAGCUCCGUAGGCAAGCACCAUGGUCUUGUAGCAGAUGCGAGCUUCAACUGGAAGCCAGUGGAGUGUACGGAGGAGCGUAGUGACACUAGGUUUGCACACAUCUCAGGAGGGAUUUUGUCCCACUCCUCUUUGCAGAUCUUCUCCAAGUCAUUAAGGUUUCGAGGCUGACGUUUGGCAACUCGAACCUUCAGCUCCCUCCACAGAUUUUCUAUGGGAUUAAGGUCUGGAGACUGGCUAGGCCACUCCAGGACCUUGAUGUGCUUCUUCUUGAGCCACUCCUUUGUUGCCUUGGCUGUGUGUUUUGGGUCAUUGUCAUGCUGGAAUACCCAUCCACAACCCAUUUUCAAUGCCCUGGCUGAGGGAAGGAGGUUCUCACCCAAGAUUUGACAGUACAUGGCCCCGUCCAUCGUCCCUUUGAUGCGGUGAAGUUGUCCUGUCCCCUUAGCAGAAAAACACCCCCAAAGCAUAAUGUUUCCACCUCCAUGUUUGACGGUGGGGAUGGUGUUCUUGGGGUCAUAGGCAGCAAUCCUCCUCCUCCAAACACGGCGAGUUGAGUUGAUGCCAAAGAGCUCCAUUUUGGUCUCAUCUGACCACAACACUUUCACCCAGUUCUCCUCUGAAUCAUUCAGAUGUUCAUUGGCAAACUUCAGACGGGCAUGUAUAUGUGCUUUCUUGAGCAGGGGGACCUUGCGGGCGCUGCAGGAUUUCAGUCCUUCACGGUGUAGUGUGUUACCAAUUGUUUUCUUGUUGACUAUGGUCCCAGCUGCCUUGAGAUCAUUGACAAGAUCCUCCCGUGUAGUUCUGGGCUGAUUCCUCACCGUUCUCAUGAUCAUUGCAACUCCACGAGGUGAGAUCUUGCAUGGAGCCCCAGGCCGAGGGAGAUUGACAGUUAUUUUGUGUUUCUUCCAUUUGCGAAUAAUUGCACCAACUGUUGUCACCUUCUCACCAAGCUGCUUGGCGAUGGUCUUGUAGCCCAUUCCAGCCUUGUGUAGGUCUACGAUCUUUUUCCUGACAUCCUUGGAGAGCUCUUUGGUCUUGGCCAUGGUGGAGAGUUUGGAAUCUGAUUGAUUGCUUCUGUGGACAGGUGUCUUUUAUACAGGUAACAAACUGAGAUUAGGAGCACUCCCUUUAAGAGUGUGCUCCUAAUCUCAGCUCGUUACCUGUAUAAAAGACACCUGGGAGCCAGAAAUCUUUCUGAUUGAGAGGGGGUCAAAUACUUAUUUCCCUAAUUUAAAAUGCAAAUCAAUUUAUAAAAUUUUUGACAUGCGAUUUUCUGGAUUUUUUUGUUGUUAUUCGGUCUCUCACUGUUCAAAUAAACCUACCAUUAAAAUUAUAGACUGAUCAUUUCUUUGUCAGUGGGCAAACGUACAAAAUCAGCAGGGGAUCAAAUACAUUUUUUCCUCACUGUAUAGGUCAGGACCUGUGUUGCAUUUUACUCAUUCUUUCCUAUUCUUGCCCCCCCCCCUUCCUGUCCUUGACCUGUGUAGAUGCUGCUGCAGGUUGGAGGCAUGCGUUCAGCCCUGGGGCUGCUGGCUGUCAGGAGGGCUUGCUGCCUGUCCCGCUCCACCCACAACUCCCCUCAGACUCUGGAAUACAAGGCCAUCAAAAAGGUCAUGGUGGCCAAUAGAGGUAGAGUAACCAUUCUCCCACCCUGGCCAUUCUGUAGACACCGAAAUGUCAGCCAAUGUGUUAUAGCUAGUUUCGUCUCACCACAUAAUUGAAUUUUCCUGAGUGCAUGAUUACUGCUGACUAAUCCAACCACUUGUAGGUGAGAUUGCUAUCCGUGUGUUCCGGGCCUGCACUGAGCUGGGGAUCCGGACGGUGGCUGUCUACUCUGAACAGGACACAGGCCAGAUGCACAGGCAGAAGGCAGAUGAGGCUUACCUCAUAGGGAAGGGCCUGCCGCCCGUGGCUGCCUACCUGGACAUCCCUGACAUCAUCAAAGUGGCUAAGGUCUGCGACAUGAAUAUGUGUCUUUCAAACUUUUCUGAACCAAUUCUUACUGCAUUUUAAGAUCACACCUUUACACUGUCUUACAUCUUUUUCGUAUCAUAUAUUUUAUUCUCAGGAGAAUAAUGUGGAUGCCAUCCACCCUGGGUACGGCUUCCUGUCUGAGAGAUCAGACUUUGCCCAGGCGUGUGCCGAUGCUGGGGUACGCUUCAUUGGCCCUUCCCCUGAAGUGGUGCGCAAGAUGGGAGACAAGGUGGAGGCUCGAUCCAUCGCUGUCCGUGCAGGUAGGUUGGACACCAGCUGUCAUUCUCAGUCCUGUCUGAUGGAUGUUUGUUUCAUCAGAGUUUUAGGUUUUACUUUUGUCUUUUUUCAGCAGAAUCAUAGCUGACGUAUAGCUGACAUUGCGUACGGUUAAGUAAAAGUUGAGUUACGUUCAGCUAACUUCAUAUUGUUUGAUUUUGCUUCCAGGAGUCCCAGUGGUACCAGGGACAGACGGCCCCAUCACUUGCCUAUCGGAGGCCCAGGAGUUUUCCAAAACCUAUGGCUUUCCCAUCAUCUUCAAGGCUGCCUAUGGCGGUGGGGGCAGGGGUAUGAGGGUGGUCAAAGAGUAUGAGGUGAGUAGAGCUAUCUGGGAGUAAAUCGGGGCUCCAAUCUGAGUGUUUUGUCUUUGUGGUGGUUGACUUGUUGAUCCCCAUUGGUCGACGUGUGUAGGAGCUGGAGGAGAACUAUCAGCGCGCGUACUCCGAGGCCCUGGCUGCGUUUGGGAACGGUGCUUUGUUCGUGGAGAAGUAUCUUGAGAGACCCAGACACAUUGAAGUGCAGAUCCUGGGUGAGUUUGUUUGCUAGACUAUUUUUGGGGGACGUUUUAGGAUUUUGUAUUUCAUUAGGAUUCCCACUAGCUACUGCUAAAGCAGCAACUGCUCUUCCUGGGGUCCACACAAAACAUAAAACAUGACAUAAUACAUAACAUUAAUGGACAAGUACAGCGCAAGGACAGAACUACAUACAUUUAGAAUAAGAAUACAUGCUUUGAUACAUUUAUGACUUAGUUUUCCAUGCAUCAUGCAUUCAUUAUAAUGUCAAUACUGCAGCCAUUCAUUUCCCUUAUUGCGAUCCUUUGCUCCUGUUACAAUUGCUUUGUCCUAAGCAGGUCCUGACAUCCUAAUCUCUUAGCACCAGCUGUUCUGUAAACACCAGAGAGAAUCUCACAAUAUCAGGAAUCAUCUGUGUCCUUGGUUCUUCCUUUUAAAGUCAAUACUAAUCAUACAUAAUCAUGUGAUUCAUGGAUGCUACUGAAUGCAAGUGCAACACAAGAAAACGGAAAUGGAAAUGCAAUAAUAAUGUUGAGUUUCACCGACGUUAACUCCUACUCAGUUUCCCUGGCGUGAACAGAGCCACAUAUCAUAUCGUAUGGAGCUGCAACUAAGUUUCACCCCAGCUAUGUUCCCCUGAUGUGAAUGCAGCAACCUUGAACCGGAUGGAGUUGCACCGCACUCAGCAAAAUUCCCCUGACGUGAAUAAAGCUACCUAGUUAUCUACAGUUACCGCCUGCAAUUGGUUUCCUGGGGUAACAUGUAAUCUCUUGAAUCGUAUGGAGUUGCGCCAAAGUUUCACUCCUGCUAGGUUCCAUAACAUACAGUACCAGUCAAAAGUUUGGACACACCUACUCAUUCAAGGGUUUUUCUUUAUUUUUACUAUUUUCUACAUUGUAGAAUAAUAGUGAAGACCUCAAAACUAUGAAAUAACACAUAUGGAAUCAUAUAGUAACCAAAAAAGUGUUAAACAAAUCAAAAUAUUUUAUAUUUGAGAUUCUUCAAAUAGCCACACUUUGCCUUGAUGACAGCUUUGCACACUCUUGGCAUUCUCUCAACCAGCUUCACCUGGAAUGCUUUUCCAACAGUCUUGAAGGAGUUCCCACAAAUGCUGAGCACUUGUUCACUCUGCGGUCCGACUCAUCCCAAAGAAACCCAAUUGGGUUGAGGUCGGGGGAUUGUGGAGGCCAGGUCAUCUGAUGCAGCACUCCAUCACUCUCCUUCUUGGUCAAAUAGCCCUUACACAGCCUGGAGGUGUGUUGGGUCAUUGUCCUGUUGAAAAACAAAUGAUAGUCCCACUAAGCCCAAACCAGAUGGGAUGGCGUAUCGCUGCAGAAUUUAAAGUCUAAAUAAAUCACAGACAGUGUCACCAGCAAAGCACCCCCACACUAUAACACCACCUUCUACAUGCUUUACGGUGGGAACUACACAUGCGGAGAUCAUCCGUUCACCCACACCGCGUCUCACAAAGACACGGCGGUUGAAACCAGAAAUGUCCAAUUUGGACUCCAGACCAAAGGACACAUUUCCACCGGUCUAAUGUCCAUUGCUCGUGUUUCUUGGCCCAAGCAGGUCUCUUCUUCUUAUUGAUGUCCUUUAGUAGUGGUUUCUUUGCAGCAAUUCAACCAUGAAGGCCUGAUUCACACAGUCCCCUUUGAACAGUUGAUGUUGAGAUGUGUCUGUGACUUGAACUCUGAAGUAUUUAUUUGGCCUGCAAUUUCUGAGGCUGGUAACUCUAAUGAACUUAUCCUCUGCAGCAGAGGUAACUCUGGGUCUUCCAUUCCUGUGGCAGUCCUCAUGAGAGCCAGUUUAAUCAUAGCGCUUGAUGGUUUGCAACUGCACUUGAAAAAACUUUCAAAGUGCUUGGAAUGUUCCAUAUUGACUUACCUUCAUGUCUUAAAGUAAUGGACUGUUGUUUCUCUUUGUUUAUUUGAGCUGUUCUUGCCAUUAUGGACUUGGUCUUUUACCAAAUAUGGCUAUCUUCUGUAUACCCCCCUACCUUGUCACAACACAACUGAUUGGCUCAAACGCAUUAAGAAGGAAAGAAAUUCCACAAAUUAACUUUUAACAAGGCACACCUGUUAAUUGAAAUGCAUUCCAGGUGACUACCUCAUGAAGCUGAUUGAGAGAAUGCCAAGAGUGUGCAAAGCUGUCAUCAAGGCAAAGGAUGGCUAUUUGAAGAAUCUCAAAUAUAAAAUAUAUUUUGAUUUGUUUAACACUUUUUUGGUUACUAUAUGAUUCCAUAUGUGUUAUUUCAUAGUUUUGAUGUCUUCACUAUUAUUCUACAAUGUAGAAAAUAGUAAAAAUAAAGAAAAACCCUUGAAUGAGUAGGUGUGUCCAAACUUUUGACUGGUACUGUAAAUGCAGAAAAUUCUUCCCGCUAAAGUUUCAACUUAAUGAUUUCCACCUCAGCAACUUGUAUUUCAUUUCCAUUUUCAUUCCCCAGCAGCAUCCACCAAUAUACAGUGCUUUCGGAAAGUAUUCUGACCCCUUGACUUUUUCCACAUUUUGUUACGUUACAGCCUUAUUCUAAAAUUGAUUAAACAGUUUCUAUCUACACACAAUAUCCCAUAAUGACAAAGCAAAAACAGGUUUUUAGAAAUGUUAGCAAAUGUAUAUUAACCCCCCCCCCCCCCCCCCAGAAAUAUUACAUUUACAUAAGUAUUCAGACCCUUUAAUCAGUAUUUUGUUGAAUCACCUUUGUCAGCGAUUACAGCCUUGAGUCUUCUUGGGUAUGACGCUACAAGCUUGGCACACCUGUAUUUGGGGAGUUUCUCCCAUUCCUCUCUGCAGAUCCUCUCAAGCUCUGUCAGGUUCGAUGGGGAGCAUCGCCGCACAGCUAUUUUCAGGUUUUUCCAGUGAUGUUAGAUCGGGUUCAAGUCCGGGCUCUGUCUGGGCCACUCAAGGACAUUCAGAGACUUGUCCCCGAAGCCACUCCUGCGUUGUCUUGGCUGUGUGCAUAGGGUCGUUGUCCUGUGGGAAGGUGAACCUUCUCCCCAGUCUGAGGUCCUGAGCGCUCUGGAGCAGGUUUUCAUCAAGGAUCUCUCUGUACUUUGCUCCGUUCAUCUUUCCCUCAAUCCUGACUAGUCUCCCAGUCCCUGUCACUGAAAAACAUUCCCACAGCGUGACGCUGCCACCAUUGUUUCACCAAAGGGAUUGUGCCAGGUUUCCUCCAGACGUGACACUUGGCUUUCAAGCCAAAGAGUUCAAUCUUGGUUUCAUCAGACCAGAGAAUCUUGUUUCUCAUGGUCUGAGAGUCUUUAGGUGCCUUUUGGCAAACUCCAAGCGGGCUGUCGUGUUUUUUUUAAUUAAGGAGUGGCUUCCGUCUGGCCACUCUUACCAUAAAGGCCUGAUUGGUGGAGUGCUGCAAAGAUGGUUGUCCUUCUGGAAGGUUCUCCCAUCUCCACAGAGGUACUCUGGAGCUCUGUGAGAGUAACCAUUGGGUUCUUGGUCACCUCCCUGACCAAGGCCCUUCUCCCCCGAUUGCUCAGUUUGGCCGAGCGGCCAGAUCUAGGAAGAGUCUUGGCGGUUCCAAAAUUCUUCCAUUUAAGAAUGAUGGAGGCCACUGUGUUCUUGGGGACCUUCAAUGCUGCAGAAAUGUUUUGGUACCCUUCCCCAGAUCUGUGCCUCGACACAAUCCUGUCUCGGAGCUCUAUGGACAAUUCCUUCGACCUCAUGGCUUGGUUUUCGCUCUGACAUGCACUGCCAACUGUGGGACCUUUUUAUAUAGACAGGUGUGUGCCUUUCCAAAUCAUAUCCAAUCAAUUUAAAUUACCACACGUGGACUCAAUGAAGUUGUAGAAACAUCUCAAGGAUGAUCAAUGGAAACAGGAUGCACCUGAGCUCAAUUUCGAGUCUCAUAGCAAAGGGUCUGACAAUUUCUAAACCUGUUUUUGCUUUGUCAUUAUGGGGUAUUGUGUGUAGAUUGAGGAAAAAAUAAAUAAUUUAAUCCAUUUUAGAAUAAGGCUGUAACGUAACAAAUUGUGGAAAAAGUGAAUGGGUCAGAAUACUUUCCGAAUGCACUGUGUGUGUACACACACACACACACACACACACACACACACACGCACACCAGUACAGAUACUUAGGUCUACAAGUUAUUUAUGCCUGUAAGACCUAAUGACAUUCCUGUCUCUCCCAGGUGACAAGUAUGGUAAUGUUAUCCACCUGUAUGAGAGGGACUGCUCCAUCCAGAGGAGGCACCAGAAGGUGGUGGAGAUCGCCCCGGCUGUACAGCUGGACCCCCACCUCCGGGACCGACUCACUGCUGAUUCUGUCAACCUGGCCAGACAGGUACAGGAUGCAACACACCCAUACACUUUGAAGCAUUCUUUUAAUAGGUAGUGUCUAGCUAAAACGUAUAUUCCAUAGGCAUUUAGAUGAAUUCAGUACUUUUUUUUAGAAUGUUUAGAAUCUUGGCAUUAUUGCCUUUGAAAUGACAGAGCUGUGUGUAUUUGCAUUUUUUAAUGGCAUAUAAGACCAUUAUUGUCUGAAUGGAGUGUGGUUUUACUUUGCAACAAUACUUCUAACACCGUAGGCAUGAAAAAUUACGGGUGAGAAACUCAACUUCUUUGUUCUUUUCCUUUUAUUCAAACGUCUCCGCUCAUAGUGUAGAAUUUCCUUUCCCUCGUUCCUGUCUUUAUCCCCUCCAGUCUGUAUGGCCGGUUAGAAUUGUUUUUUGUUAUUUUGUUUUUUUAGUAGACAUUAAAUAAAGCCAGUGUCUUCAAAGCACAAUGCAUUUGAAGUCACUUAUAAGAAACUCUGAGCCUUUCCAAAUAGGUGUUCUCAUUCUGUGUUAUUGUUGUGCUCAGAGAGGCAGUGGAGAAGUGUGGGAGUAGGAUGAAAAUAUUGUUGUGUAAGAAAUGGAUUUAGAGAGACAAAGGGAGCCAUUUAGAUGAAUAAAAGUGACCUACAGGGAUAAAGAAAAGACUGGAGCCGUAAUUAAAGCAGUGGGAAUGACGUUUCACCUGCAGGCUACCGAUAAGCACACUAGAUGGCAGCGUUUAACAACAUCGAUAGUUACGGAAGGGACACCACUAGCAAGCUUGUGGGACUCCCACACACAAAGAAUAUGCAGUUGCAGAAUUUCCUGAUUGCAAUCAAGCUGGCUUUCUGUUUGUUAUUGUGAGGUGGAAGCAAUUACUUUGACAUGAGAACAAUUACUAGUGACAGUUGUAUCCCACUGAUUCCCCAUCCUGUGUGUGAUAAGCUUAUUAAACGUUGUAUACACAGUAGCUGGUGAGCCUGUCAUGUGUACCCUUGAGCUAGCUGUCCUGCAAGUGCUUAUCCCUGCCUUAUCUUCUGUAUUGCUUUGUUUGCUGUCUGUUUUGGGGAUGGAAAAGAGAGGCAGGGGUGUGAUACGUUUGUUAUGUGCAUGUGUUUUGAGGGAGAGGAAGCUAUUUUAAUGUGCCCCCACUGUUGAGUACAUUAGCAUUAGUCUCUGUGUUAGGGGAGAGGGGGAAAGAAAUUGGGUGUGAGUGAGGGACAGAAUUAAGCUCCAUCUGUUCAAUCGUAUGGCAGUGAGGAAUGAAGAGCUGAAAUGAGAACAUUUGGCUUGUACUUCUAGAAACCUGCUCUCCUAACAAAAACAACCCUGCCAGUGAUGGUUCACUGUCAGUCUGCUCCCAGACGAGCACAAGCAUUUCGCUACACCCGUAAUAACAUCUGCUAAAUAUGUGUAUGCGACCAAUAAUAUUUGAUUGGAUAUCAGAUGCGUUAAGUCCUUCAGUAUGGGUUUCCACUAGCGUCUAGCUUUUCAUGUCAAAGGGAUUUGACGUUUUUUCCAUUUUAAUUUUUAAACAGUUUAGUUUGCCGGAGGAUAAGUUUAUAAGUCUUAUCUCUAAAUGAAGAGAAGAGUACAUUUUAAUGUCCAGUGAUUCUGCUAUGUUUAUCUAUGGAUCCCACAUCUGUCAAGUCGAUGACCUCUUCUGCUGUAUCUAAGGACGAUAAUGUUCACCCGAAAGGCGUCAGCAUGCUACAGUUAGGCUGGUUCCUAGCCGAACUCGGCGAACCGGAGCUAGUGUGUUUGCAUACUCCCUUAAGACCUUCGCUUUAAAAACAAGAAAAAGUGGCAAUAGGUACUGUCCAUUUUGAGAUGCCGUAGACAAUAUCGGUUCCUCAAAAUAGUUAGAAUUAAUCUAAAAUAACUCAAAUCUGUCAUUAAUUUUGACGUUUUUGCAGAGGAGAUCUGAGUCGCACAAUUUUACAUCGAACUAAGAUGUUUGGUGCAGUAUUUUUUAAAUGAAAAAAUGUGCAUGAAGACGAGUAGUCUCUCGAUGAAUGACAACAAAGGCUUUAUUGAAGAAUCCGUACUGUUGACCAAUCACCGACGAAGGGGCGUAGACUUCGGCCGAACUUCGCCUUGCCCCUAGAAAAAUGCUUGUGCCAUAACAGCUGAAAAAAACCUUUUCGAAGUCUAAAACUAACAAAAACGUCAAUGUGGUCAUAAUAUAUGCACAAACUCUUCAGAACUGUUUCUGCUGGGAACCAUGAGGACGCCUUUAUACCUUCACUAAAUAUCACCUUACUGAUUAGCAACUUCCCAAGUCUUUCAUGAGAGGAAAUCAGUUCAGAGAGCAAUCAAUUCUAUCAAUUAACAUUUAAAGCAUUACCCAAUUUUAAUAAUCUGCACUGCAGUUAUUUUAGGAAACUGCAAAGAACUACUUGAUUAAAAGAGGGUGGGCCAGCCUUUUAUCUCCAGAGUAAGCUGUGGACUGAAAUAUCAGUGUGAAACAUGCUUUAGGUAGACUUAUUAAGGAUUUGAGUUGGGAGAGAAUUUUCACUAGAAUACAAAAAUAAUAAAUUAUUACUUUAAUGAUACAUGACAAUAUUGAUACUCACGUGUCAAGGUGUGGUUAUAAUUAUCUCCCUUGUGUCUGAAUUGAAUGUACAUGUGUUGCUACAUAGCGGUUAAAGAGAUGUAGGCCUGUUACAGGCGUACCCCUUUAAUGGACAACAUCAGCAGGUUUUAUGUUCUGCUUUAUUCUGUUUUGUUUUGCCUUAACUGACCUAUGGUGCAAUCGAAAGAUAAAUCUCCACAUAUAUUUUGAUGGGAUUGUGAGCAGAGAAAUGAGUGGAUAAAAGUGGUUUUACUCCAAGCCCAGAAAUGGUUGUCAUUCCAAGUCUGUUUCAGUGAUUUGGAAAGCUCUGGUCAAGGGAAGCUAGCACAGGUAGUUUUUGAAAAGGUCACAAAAUAUAACGAGAAUAACUGCGAGAGAGAGAAACCAAUGCUGGGAAAAAUAUUUUAUGUCUGUGGUUUCCAUGGUGAUAGCUGCUCUACCCCAAAUCCUCUUAAACACAGGUCAGCUAGGGGGGUUCACAGCAUUCCUACUACUCCUACUGCUUUGUUCUUCUUGCCCACAUGCUCAUUGAAUUUCAUAUUUUGCUUCAUCCCUCCCCCAUACACACACACACUCUUUCCAAAUGAAAGCCCUGCAUUUUUGUUCUCAACUCAUAUUUUACACACCGCAGAUUGCUUUAGUUUCUGAAUUAUUGUGGUUGCACGUACAGUACCUAUCCUUGGUGAUGGCAGCCCAGUGUUCCGCUCUGCUGUUGUGUACCUCACCCCCUCUCCUCCUCCCUCCAUCUUGCAUCCUCUACACCUCUGUGGAAUGCCAUCUGUUCCCCUCCCUUUCUAAUCAAACCUCUCUAUCCACAUGCCAGUCUCUGUAGUGAUGCUGUACUGUUUAACUUCCAACACCCUGUGGUUUUCAGGAACACCUGCUUCUCCAUACCUUUCCUUAUGUUUGCUAUAUCUUAACAGUUUGCCAUAAUACUAACAGUAGGCAGUAGAUAUGGGACCGCUUAAGUAUACAAAGACCAUUAUGAAAUACAGCCUGUUCUAUGCAAAUUUGAGAAAUUCACAGAAUAUCUUUUAGAGUGGAAUACGGGCGCAAGCAGGUCUCCUGCUAGCAGGGUAUUUAAUUGGACUGAAAUGAAUAUUACUAUUUGCUGUGGCUCUCCUAACACUUAUUUCCAAACAUUAUUGGAAUACUUACACAGUACUUGUCCCUUUUGUCUGUUUGUGGGGUCUCUGUAGUGUGUGACAUAAACUGUCUGGCCGUGAGCCUGCACCUUGACAUGGACUGUGUGAAUGGAUGAGAGGGUGCCUGCCUGGUUGGCAGAGAUGAGUUUUGGAGCGAGGGAUGAAUUACAAAGAUAAAUUGGAUCAGAUUUCAGUGAAUUUUGGCCGGCACAAUCUCAAGCCCACGCAGCAAUGUGGAGGGGGAAAUGGUCUGAUAAAUGAUAUCCUGUUGCCUCCUUGCCUGAGCUGUAGUAGCGCUGUCAUUCUUACAGACAGCACGGACAUUCAUAACUAUAAUCACAGCCUGGGAUAUCACACGCUCUCUUCCUUUUGUAGAUAUUAGCUGUCAGUCUUGUUGUCGCUUCCCCAUUUUAGAAGAUUUAUUUGUGGUCUGUAUAUUCAAAAUAUUCAGAUUUACAAUUGCUUUCUGAGUGCUUCAUUCAUUAUGCAUAUUAUCAAGAUAAUUUAAACUUUUGGAACACAGAACUUGUAAUCUCUUCAAAUAGAAUUCGGAAUAUGAGAAUGUAGCAAGACAUUCAAUCAUACUUUCUUCUACCAAUACCUUACUAUUUAUAGGGCUGCCCAUGAAGGAAAGCUGACUGUAUACACUAUAUUGGACAAAAAGCAAGUAAUUAAAUGUGAGCAACAAAGCUCUUUUAAGAAGGAGUAUUUGAAUACACCCCCCCCCCCCCCCCCCCCCUUUGUAUAACAGUGCCUUAUUAACCGUGACAUUGACAUGUCCUCAGGUAGAUUUGAAGUAGCCUAUUAGAGGUUUGUAUCUCAUUUGGAUGUGUCUGUGUGUGCAGGUGGGCUAUGAGAAUGCUGGCACAGUGGAGUUCCUGGUGGAUAAACAUGGAAGGCACUACUUCAUAGAGGUCAACUCCCGCCUGCAGGUGGAGCACACUGUUACAGAGCAGAUCACGGAGUGAGUCACAGCCAUUACCUGGCAUUACCAUGUCACCUCUGACAACCUGUAAGACUGUACCCUGUCUGGUCAAAUUAUAUGUCCGUUCAUGUCGAGUGUCAUUUACGUUUUGAGACUGUCCUUUUGCUCAGUCUUUUUAAGACGCUUGAAGGGUUGUAUAAAGGUUGGUUCCCAAUACUUCUGAAGGGAUUCAUUUCUAUGUUGUCUUCUCCCUAUUGUGUCAACUGAUCUGAAAAUAAUAAUAUAUAGGUGGAAAGCACAGGAGGCUGGUGGCACCUUAAUUGGGGAGGACGGGUUUAUGGUAAUGGCUGGAGCGGAUAGGUGGAAUGGUAUCAGAUACAUCAAACGUGGUUCCAUUCGCUCCGUUCCAGACAUUAUUAUGAGCAGUCAUCCCCUCCGCAGCCUCCACUGGUGGAAACAACACGUCAAACCCAUAUAAUCCUGUAGGUCAGAGGUUCGCAACCCCCCCCCCCCCCCCCCCCCCCCCCCCCCCCCUCCAAUGUUCAUGAUACAAACUGUUCAAACCCCUCUUGUUGGUGGAGAGAAUUUUGCAGGUUUAAAGUUUAUUUCCUGCACUUCUACACAUUUUGUCAUGGGGUGCAAAUAGAAAUGUGUGACUUUAAAGCUAGUUUUCUUGCAAUUCUAUACAUUUGCCAUGUCUAAUGUGUAUUCAUGUGAUAUUUGAAUGACAAAGAAAUUACAACAAUAUCUAUGGGCUAAAAAAACUAAAUAUAAAAACGGUAGCGGACAUGGGCUAGUUGAUCUGGACAUUUCUGACGAGUUAUAAAUAAUCAAAUUUUAUUUCUCACAUGAGCCGAAUACAACAGGUGAUCACAAUGAGGGAGAGGUUGUUGUCCUGGCACCACACUGCCAGGUCUCUGACCACCACCUCCUUACAGGCUGUCUCAUCGUUGUCGGUGAUCAGGCCUACCACUGUUGUCGUCAGCAAACUUAAUGAUCGUGUUGGAGUUGUGCUUGGCCACGCAGUCAUGGGUUAACAGGGAGUACAGGAGGGGACUAAGCACGCACCCUUGAGGGGCCCCUGUGUUGAGGAUCAGCGUGGCAGAUGUGUUGUUACCUACCCUUACCACCUGGGGGCGGCCCGUCAGGAAGUCCAUGAUCCAGUUGCAGAGGGGGGUGUUCAGUCCCGGGGUCCAUAGCUUAGUGAUGAGCUUUGAGGGCACUAUGGUGUUGAACGCUGAGCUGUAGUCAAUGAACAGCAUUCUCACGUAGUUGUUCCUUUUGUCCAGGUGGGAAAGGGCAGUGUUGAGUGCUAUAGAGAUUGCGUCAUCUGUGGAUCUGUUGGGGCGGUAUGCAAAUUGGAGUGGGUCUAGGGUUUCUGGGAUGAUGGUGUUGUGAGCCAUGACCAGCCUUUCAAAUAGCUCUCUAAGGUAUGCAAUGACUAACAUGACAAGAGGAACUGAUGAUGCACUACCCAAUUUCCAAAUUGCACGUUGCGCAUUCUACUAUUAUAACUUUCAAGAGUACGUUUUUAAAGCCAGACUGAGUUCCUUUAAAAGGCCCCCUGGGGGUGUGCCCCACAGUUUUGGAACCACUGAUGUAGGUCAUCGAUAUUCAGUCAAACCAAUGUAGUCGUGUAACAUCCGUAUGACUCCGCUCACUGAUACAGGCAGAAUGUAUUCUAGAAAUGGCCGUGAUGCUUUUGAGUCAAAACUGAAGUGGGACCAACUGAUAAACCUGAAAGUAACAAAUUGCACACCUACAGCCUUUUUUUAAAGGCACUUUUGGGACAGAACCCUGUACGUACUGUUUUAUCCACGCAAUGGUGAAGCUCUUUCGCAAAAUGUUGAUGUGGAGUGGCCCAUCUGGCUAUUGAGACUGGUCGAUACACAAACACUCCCCUUAAUAAACGUAUGUACGCGCAUGCGCAUGCCUUGCUUUGCCUACAUUUACAUUUUGCUGUCAUUUAGCAGAUGCUCUUAUCCAGACCGACUUACAGUUGAGUGCAUACAUUUUCAUACUUUACUGUGGGUAAUUUUUUUUUGUUGUCAGCUGUCCGACAAAAUAAUUGUGGAAAAUAAAUUCAGCUAACAAUAAUGUAAAUGCCUGCGCCAAAACCUGCCAACUUAUACUCCAAUGGAGACUUUUCUUUAGAAGUGCCUAAUUGUAUUUUUAUCCACUGUAUUUUGUUUUGUUUAUGCAUACAUUUGUAUAGAUGUAUUGCAUUAUAGAUGACGCUUGUACCAUGUCUGACUAUGAUUGUUUUGUGUCAAUUUGAGUGGUUAAAAGAAAUAUCGUAUUUUGUAUCAUUGUUGAGUGACACUUCAAUACAUUUUUCUAACUGACUCUAGUCCAGGACUAUAGGGUUCCUUUGCUGUGACCAAGCAAAGGAACCCUAUAGAAGUUUUGUAAUGAUUUAAGUAAAUGGACUGAGAUAGCAGACAGUUUAGGACGUUAUGUUCUUAUGAAGUUUUCCUUUCCAUAUGAAUCAGUCUAGAUUGUCUGUGAGUUCUACUUUCAGAGCCAGAAUCCUAGUCCACAAAUAAAGUCUUGCAGUGCUAUAUCAUUUGGAGUUCCUACUCUUGAGACUAGAGAUGAUGAAGUGCCAAAUCUCACCUGUCUCAUGCAUUCAAAGUUCAAACACUGACAAUAGCCAUGGGUUGUGCACUUAUCAGAUGCAGCUAAAGUAAUCAUUCAGGAGGGAUGAAAGCAAUGCAGCAUCUUUUUUAAGUGUUACUUUGUUGUGUGCACAUACACACUACUCUCUCACAGAUUGAUAUGUAUGACUUUUCUUCUGUGCACCUGGCAGAGACUUCUGUAUUCCUGUCUAGUCAUGUGGAAGGAAUGUAGGUUCAUUCAUUCUAAAUGUCCAUCUUGUCGUAUUGAAUGGAAACUGUCAGACUGCAAUUGGCAUUCUGCUGGAGCACUGCUCUGAGUGAUUGGCUCUGGAUAGGUACAUGACUGUAAUGCACUUGAUUCUUACUCGCCAAAGAAGCAUUCAUGCCAUAACCCCAGCCACUGGCUAUGUUCUCCUGCGACUACGUGUUGAAUUAUCAGGUCUGAAUUUAGCGCUCCGGUGAGUAGGCUAUUACACUACACCUCUGUUUUUGGCUGUCUGCCUCUGCCUGUAUCAUGACUUUAAAUUGGUCACUGUGAUUAAGACCAAUUAAGGACCCCUUCUGCCUAUUGAGUGGUAAUGGGAAUCACUGGAAAUGGCCCAUGACAUCGUAAUGUGUUAAUUCCUUGAACUCUGCAACCUCUCCAGUCUCAUAACAUCCCAGUUUUCCUCCUUUCACAUGAAGCCUAAUGCAUUUCUCUCAUUUCAGUCAUCGUAGAUCUAAUCGUUUUUGGUGCAUUCAUAAUAUCUUCUUACAUUACCAUGACAUAACACCACCUCUUGAAACGGGCUUUAGGAACAGUAUCCUGCGGUAUGGAGCCCAUAUACACUGGUUGGAGGUCAUUGUGCUGUUGUGCUUUCCCUUCUAUAAAUUCAGUUAAGACAGGCUUAUGGCAGACCUCAAUUCUCUCAGCAUUUGCACCACUCCAAUUCUCCUUCCCACUCCUCUCCCUUAAUUCAGUUCGCUCUGUGUGUGUGUUUAUAGCUCAGUGUAGGCUGUCUGUCACUGACCCUGUAAUGGGUUUCUAAUCACUGAGUUGUGGCUAGAUUGCAGCUGCACGUUUGUUUGUCUAUUCUGCCAGAAAUUAGGAAUGGGAGACGGGAGGCGAGGGAAGACUACUAAACUGGCACACAAGGAUGAGGAAAGCUUGUCAACGGAUUGGUGUGUUCGGAGGCUGGUUCACAGACCUGGAUCUUAUUCAUAUAAAAAUGGGGUAAAGAGAAUAGCCUUUCAGUGGAAGGAUUUUGGUUUAUUAGGAGGGAAAGGGGCAGAAUCUUCCUCCACACCAGCGCCACAUACACUGCCUGGCAUCAGCAAUUAAAGUGGAAUAGGAAAUCAGACUGAAUAUAUUAAUCCCCCCUCAUCUGUCUCCCCCUCCUUCACUCCCUCUGCUUCCAGCUCAUAUCACAUCUUUGAUUUUGUGCAAUGCAGUCUCCUCUGCCCCCCUGUCCUCUUUAUUUUCUUGGUAUUUUCCACCUCUUCUUUCUUCCUACACCCCAAUACAGUUUGGGGCUGUUUCAGUCUAGUGCUCUCUGGAUGUAGGAGUUAGAUAAGAGAAGGAUAGAAAAAAGCAUGGCUCAUCUGUUUACAGUAUGUCUGACGUGUGUCAUUAUUACUAUAAAUAAUGAAAUCUGGGCACCAGUCCUUUAUUGGACUAAAUGUGUCUUCGGAGAAGACCUGACUUAUCAAUUAUUUUAGUAAUAACUCAAUUGGAGCGCUUUACUGGAAUAACAACGCAAUUAUUUUAGACCAUCAUUUUAAUGAUAUAUGUACAAAACAUAAUGAUGAUGAAAUAGAAUGAAAGACAAGAAGUAAAGAUCUUGACAUUCUGAACAUUAUAUUAUGUCAUAUUUAGUCUGAUCAAAGUGGCCGUGUGUCCUUUGGUCCGAAAUUGUUAUGCUUUUGGCGUUCUCCUUGGAUUGUGUUCCUGGUUGCUUUGUCUUUUGACCCUUUCUUGAGUUGCAGAGGCUGUGCUCUGAAGUGUCUUCUCCUUUUUGAAGAAGGUUAGCUUAAGUGUACCGUUCAGGCGAUGCUUGCUCUUUUACGUCUUUACUGAGACUGCUUGUACUUGGGUUCUUCAGCCCCAAUUAGAAAUUUACUAAAUUGCAGGUAGAGGCGUACUCUUUCCCUAAAAGGUACUUUCCCUAACUUAUCAGUUACUAGUUCUUGCCAUGAAAAGCGAAGGCCCCUUGGUAGGUCUGCUAAGAUGGAGGUUCUUUGCCUCCUUUUGAGAAGUAGCUGAGCUGCUGGGCCCAGAGCAGGGCAGAGACAGAGCAGCAGGUCCAGGAGAAGAAUUGAGUUGGAGAGGGAGAGAAACUGAGCUUCACUUCCUAAACUCCUGCCAAAUGUAUGACUACAGUAGAGAUGAAUAUUUCCCACAGAUCACACAGACCCACAAAGAAUUUGAAAACAAAUCAAACAUUGAUUAACUCCCAUAUAUGUUAGGCAAAAUACUGCAGUGUUCUGAAUAAACAGUCAAAACUCAAACGGAAGACUAAAAAAAGCUCAAACCAAGUUUAUUCACUCACUGGGUAAUACAGCUAGAAAGAUAUACAUGUCACACAAGCACAUUUUUAUGCUGUCCAACUAGGCGGGGUCAUCUCCUUGCAUGUCUAAGAUGCACACUCCUCUGUUAGGCAGAGACACAGUAGGUUCCUCUUAUAUUCAUGGCCCUGCCUAAGUCUGGGACCAGCAUUGGCGUGGAAGUGUAUGUGUGUGUGUGAGAGGACAGUAAUCAGAUGGUCUUCGGGGUGUUACCCUGUGGCCCCCCUCACUGCUGUGUCUUCUCUCUUCAACUGUUGACCUUAUCUCAAGUUGAGUUCCACAUCCCUCGUGGUCCUGGUUCCUCAGCAACUGGUCUGCCAUUUCAAGAACUGAAACUAGACUGUUGCCCUUUUGCCUCCCUCCUUAGGAACGUUCAUAUUCAACAAUAACAUAUAUUUGAACAAAAUAUGAACUUUCUGCAUGUCCCCUUUUCUCACUCAGUAACUUUCCACACACCUAGUUCCUCUUUACCCUUCCUUGACUCCUAACAUAUACAUUCCUUAUACAUGUAACGUAAUCAGUAAGUUCUAGUAUGGGAACAUGAACAAGUGUAUUUCAAGCUAGAAUCCAACAGUGCAAUCACAGCAUCAAGAUUUGUGGCCCGUUGCUAUGAGAAAAGGGCAGCCAGUGGAGCGCGAACAAUAUUGUAAAUAUCACCAAUAUUUGUUUAUCUUCUCCUACUAUGCGUACAACAACUAUUUGCACAUUUCUAAAACACUGUACAUAGCUAAUAAUAUAACACUUGAUGUCUGUUUUUGAAACCUUUUUGAGAGCAAUAUUUACUGUCAAAAUCUAAUACUUUUUUGUUGAUUUUGUCUUCUCACUUUUUUGUUUUGUUUAUUUCACUUGCUUUGGCAAUGUAAAAAGUCCCUUUGAAUUUAAUUGGGAGAGGGGGAGAGCUUUUCUAGUCCUGUGAGGUCACAUGGUAUCACACCUAGGUGUGAAGGGCCAUUUUUACGACCCAUUGUCUUGGAGGUAGAGAAAGUGGGGAGAACAGUUGGGUUAAUCCAAUACAGCAAAAUGUUCAACAUUGGUUAACAUAUGAUAUUUAAAACGACCCAUUGCUACAGUUGAAAGGGAUUACUGCCUCUAUUUGUUUGAAUGUCGUACUGAGACCUUGGUAUCGCUAACACACUGUGUCUUAGUCAGUGUGAAUACCAAAUGAAAAAACAAGUCAAGAAGAAAAAUAUGAAGAGGCAGAAGCUGCUUUUUUCCCCUCACCCCCCAGACACUUACUACUACAUGAAAUUAAAGUAUCCUCUUAAAAUAAGAUGUUUGAAUGGGCACACAUUUUGUGAACACAGCUACAAGAAUGUCAGCUAUUAUAUGAAAUAUGUAAUGUUCCAGCCACUAAAUGAUAAAAUGUUAUAUGCAAUUUUCUUACAAUGAACACUUUAGUUUGACCCUGCUUGUAGAAAAAUACAUUUAAAGGGCUUUUCUAAGUUCCUUUUCUACAUCAAAUGUAUUGUUUGGUGACGAGCAAUCCUGUUUUGGAUCGAACAUUAACAAUCGAAAGAGGUCAAGUCGUAGGUCGUUUUGUGAGAUUGGGCUCAGUAGCCUGAGGGAAUGAGGAACGGAUGUCGUCAACCUUUUUUUCAAAGUGGUUGACAGUUCUCUGCAGAGGGAGGAGGUGGAGUAUAAAGGAGGCAGGAGAAAGUGGAGAAAUAAUGGUAUAAAUUAAGUGAUAGAAGUAUAAAAUCAUUGUCAGUUAUUCUCAGCCUUUCCAGUUGAUUCUGCAAUUGUUUCUGUCAGUUUAGAAGAUGUUUGUCAUGUCUUAUAUCAAAACAUUUUGCCUGUGUGUUUGUGUUCAUAAAGUAUUUGUUACCACCAGCCAAAAUGUUUCAAUCCAUUGAUGCAACAAAAAGCUCCUUCCCAGACGCUUUGUUCCUUAUAAUUAUUGAUGUUUAACAUUAAUGCAAGUACAACUCUGUCCCUUCCUCUUAUUGGUAAGAAAAGGUGUUCCCUCAGCCUCGAGGCACAGACAUGCACACAUACAUUUUAGUCAUUCAAUGAGCGGUAGAAAAAAGUGGUCAUUGACUUGGAUUUGUUGAGAUUUGCCUAGGAGCAAUUACAAAAACAUUCCCUCAUAUCGUGUGGAGCUCUGAAUUUGAAUUACCAUUAAAUAGUUUUUUUUUACCAACCUUUUUUGUAAUUAGAAUUGCUAAAUGGACACAUUUCUGUAAAAGUUAACCAAACCCUAUUGGUGUUUUCUCAAGUUUUUAGUUUUUGCUCUCAUAGGAUCGUGAUGCAUCAGAUUUAUAUUCCUCUCCAUCCAUGACUGAACAGAAACUAGUUCCACUUUCCUCUGGAUUGUUGGCUGGGGUCACAAUAGAGCUGAUGUCAGUUAUCUUUCCUUACCCUGAAGACCUUUUCUGCGCUCUGUUCCCCUCUGAACUGAAGACCCCCCCCUUCCCUCCCCUUCUCUCAGGUUUCUUUUUCAAGUGCACUGAAGGCGUGUCAUGAACCCAACAGCACAUUUUAAAAUGGGAAAGGUAUUGCAGUGUGAACUACCAUCUUCACAUCAGUUGUGAAUGUCACCACACUGCCUGUGUAUCAUGUAGGGGAAUUUCACACAAGGUAUCUGAAGUUGUCAUGGGGAUAGUGCGAGGCAUCGAGAUGAUAAAAACCAGAUUCUAAACUAGUAACUCCUAACUGUAAACAUGCCAGAGUGGGAACUUUAUGGACAACACAGAGUGCAUUUUCUUGUGUUUUCCUUGUCAAUUCAGACAGCAAAAUUCUCUCUUUCUACUCUCCCCAUCCUCUUCCUGUCAGUGUGGACCUGGUUCAUGCUCAGCUGCGUGUGUGUGAGGGGCGUAGCCUGCCAGAGCUGGGCCUGAAGCAGGAUAAUAUCCGGAUCAAUGGCUUCGCCAUCCAAUGCCGUGUGACCACAGAGGACCCUGCCCGUGGCUUCCAGCCUGACACUGGACGGCUUGAGGUAAGCAACAGCCCCCCCCCCCACCUCCCUGCAGGCUACUGCCACUCAGUUAUAAUGAGGCGUAGUCUCUCCCUCCAUGUAGGGCCAGAAGGUUUUCCUGACCAUGAGCCCUGA